AUGCGCAAGUCGAUAUCCGCCACCUCGAGCGGUAGCAGCCUCAUCUCUGCCGGAUGGCUGCGGCAGGCGCCAGGGCAGCAGCAGCAGCAGCAGCAACAACAGCAGCAGCCACAGCAACAGGUGCUUUCUAGCUCGCCACACCAGGCGCAGCACGAGCCACAGCCGACACCGCCGCCGCCGCCGCCGCCGCCGCAGCAGCAGCAGCAGCAGCAGCAGCAGCAGCAGCGUGCGGCGACCCCUGUCUCCGAGGACAUGGCCUCCACGUCCUACCCCACGAACUCGUGGUGGGAGGGCUGCGAGGACGGCAGCGGUGGCGGGCGGGAGGUGAUGAGUGCGACGGUCACGAUGGCUCGGGAGGCUGAGAGCGCCCUCGACUUUGUGCUGGAGGGCAGUGCCAAGAGCGCUGGUGUGCUGUUCAGGCGCUACGACAUGGAUCUGGACGGCCUGCUCAGGAAGCAAGACCUCUACGACCUGCUGUUGGAGCUCAAUCUGGCGCUGCCCUAUGAGGAGUACCAGCGCCUGGUGGACUUCUUGUUUGCGGCUGCAGACCAGGACCGUGACGCGCGGCUGGCCAUGUGCGAGUUCCUUCCGCUGUACAAGCUGCUGUGCCGCGCGCGCCGCGCGUUCAAGCGGCAAGACCACCAUUGGAACGGCCAGAUCGACAGGUACGACUUCGUCCAGCUGCUCAUUGACCUGGGCAUACUUCAUGAUCAGCCGCACCCAGUCACCUUGGACGCCAGCACCACGGCCAGCAAGGAGACCCUGCUGGACAACCCCCGGAGCGCUCGCAGGGCAGGCAAGCGCGCCACCGGGGCGGCACCAACGACGGCGGCAGCUCUGCAGCAGCGGCAGCAUCAGCAGCAGCAGCGAGCGGCGGCACCAGCUUUCGCGGCCGUUCCGGGGCCGGGGCAGGAGCGCAGCCAGCAGCAGCAGGGGUUGAGGCUGCGUGAGCUCGUAGAGCACGGCUUCAGCAUGGCUGACCGCGCCGGCCGCGGCACCGUCAACUUUGGUCAAGCGCUCUGCUGGUACGCCCAGUACCUCAACGUGCAGGGGGGCGUGCCACCCAUGGAUGAGAACGGGGACGUCCUCGCUCUGCCACCCUCCGGCCUCGCUGCGCCGUCGUGGGCGCGGUGA